AUGGCCUUUCUCAUGUCGUGGCCACAGGCAAGCAAAUCAUGGAGGAAAAUAAAAAACAUGGUGCACUGGUCUCCCUUUGUCAUGUCCUUCAAGAAGAAGUACCCCUGGAUCCAGCUGGCAGGACAUGCAGGGAGUUUCAAGGCGGCCGCCAACGGCAGGAUCCUGAAGAAGCACUGCGAGUCGGAGCAGCGCUGCCUGGACCGGCUGAUGGCGGACGUGCUGAGGCCCUUCGUGCCUGCUUACCACGGGGACGUGGUGAAGGACGGGGAGCGCUACAACCAGAUGGACGACUUGCUGGCCGACUUCGACUCGCCUUGCGUGAUGGACUGCAAGAUGGGCGUCAGGACCUACCUGGAGGAGGAGCUCACUAAGGCCCGGAAGAAGCCCAGCCUGCGGAAGGACAUGUACCAGAAGAUGAUCGAGGUGGACCCCGAGGCCCCGACGGAAGAGGAGAAAGCCCAGCGGGCUGUGACCAAGCCGCGGUACAUGCAGUGGCGGGAGACCAUCAGCUCCACAGCCACCCUGGGGUUCAGGAUCGAGGGCAUCAAGAAAGAAGACGGCUCCGUGAACCGGGACUUCAAGAAGACCAAAACGAGGGAGCAGGUCACCGAGGCCUUCCGAGAGUUCACUAAAGGAAACCGUAACAUCCUGAUCGCUUACCGGGACCGGCUGAAGGCUAUUCGGACCACCCUAGAAGUCUCUCCCUUCUUCAAGUGCCACGAGGUCAUUGGCAGCUCCCUCCUCUUCAUCCAUGACAAGAAGGAGCAGGCCAAGGUGUGGAUGAUCGACUUCGGGAAGACCACGCCCCUGCCCGAGGGCCAGACCCUGCAGCACGACGUCCCCUGGCAGGAAGGGAACCGGGAGGAUGGCUACCUCUCGGGGCUGAACAACCUCAUCGACAUCCUGACGGAGAUGUCCCGGGGUGCCCCGCUCACCUAAGGCCGCCCGCGCCCACCCUGGCCUGCCCCGGGGCCUCUUGUUCUCCCUUUUGCUUCCUUCUCCUUCUGAAUUUUUCCUUCACUUCUGCCUGGGCCCAAGCCCCGGAACUGACCCUCCCGAACUGCACUACAAGACACUUUGUAGAACAGGAGAUGAGGUUUUCUAGUCAUUUUCCUAAUGUUAGGGCUUGGAGGUGGCCUUUCCCCUGCUCUUUGUAAAUAGAAUCACCUGCUAGAAGAGAAAUACCCAGACCUAGGUUAGAGCUGGAAGAGCUCCCUGGCUGCCAAGGGGACCCUGCCAGCUCUGGGAACCCCCUAGGCAGUGCCGGCCCGGGCGGACUACCCGUGGGGGCCUGCUGCCCCCUGGCGGCUGGUGCCUUUAGCGCUGCCGCCAGAAGCGGCCCAGUUGUGCCGGGGCCUCCGGAGCAGACAGCCCAGCCUGGGGCCGGGUUCCUGGUGCCUGGCCGAGACACCCGGCUUUCUGCUAGUUGGGGCACAAAACCACUAUGGACCCACAUGCUGUCCAUGAGUGAAGUACCUUCUAAUGAGCUCCAGGGGCUUCCAGAGCUGCCACGGUGGCCUUUCUAGGGCUGCUAAAGCAAGGACCCUCACCCGUCCUGCAUGGAAACCCCCCAGCAGCCUUGGGCCAGAUCCGGGAGCCAGGAGAAGCCAACCUGGCUGUGUUCUCUCAUCGAUACCUUCCCAGGAGGGGACAGGCAGGAGCUCGCUAUAUCCUUCCAUCCAGGAUUGCUGCCCGGGGAUUCAGAGGGUGCGCUCUGCCAUGCUGAGCUCCAGGGAUGCCACCGGGGGGAGGAGAGAACCUGCAGCAUCUCUGGGACUCUGGUCCCGGGGCACGAUGCUUUCUCUUGCCUGUUACCUUCUGAGGGCUGGUAGGGUUGCCUGCCUGCAUGCAUGGGGCUUUCACGGGGACCAGAGUCUGUGUUCAGGAAAGAGGGAGUAGCUUGGGCCUGCGACAGGCAGAGAGAAGGCAGGAUUCUGGCUUACUGGCAUCAUUUUUUAAAAUUCUCCCCUGAAAUACAUCUUAUGACCUAAAGGGCAUAGACCCCUGUUUCUCUAAGGUAGUGUGGGAAGCUUACAGGGCGUGUGGUGGGGCCCCAGGGGUGUGUCAGGCCGCUCUCACUGGAGUCUUCUGUGCUGCUUGGAGAUUCGUGGGGAACCAUUUUUGAGCCUUAUUUUAACUGAAAGCCAGAAAGUCUGUAUUAUGGAGAAGAAUGUAACAUUUUGCAUGACUUUUUAAGAACAAAACUCCCAGAUCUGUGGCCGUUGGCGCUGUGUCCUCAGGCCCCUUGGGGCUCACCACCCCCUUCUUUGCUGUCAGGUUCGGGAGUGCAGAGGGUUGAGGGGUUCUGGCUGGGCACCAGGCCACAGGGGGCUGCUGCAGGGACACAGGGAGAUGAUGUGGACCAAAGUGUGUGCGCCUGGAGGGACCGCCACUGCGGGAGGGCUGCCUGGGUUGCCCGCCCUGGCACCCCCGGGGUCUGGGGGAACUGUUGACUUGCCCCCGGGACACGGACGUUUCCCUCUUGUGCUGGGUGCCUGAGUGACGGUUGGUGGGGGCGGAGGCUGAGACGCAUGAGGAUGUAUAAGUACAGAUUUUAAAAAAGGAAAUCACUCAAACUUCCUGGCUCUUGUUCAAAACAGUGGUGAGCUCCUGUGGGGGCUGACUUGCUAAAGGUCACACCCCCGCCCCAGCCGAGCCCGAGAGGCCUCGUGACAGCCCGUGAUCUGGAAGGCAGGCAGGAUGGGGGCGUCAGGGAGCCAGAGCCAGCUGUGGGUCUCCGGCGCUGUAGUCACUUCGGGGUUAGAAAGGACCCUGGUGGGCUGUGCUUCAGUGAUUUGCAGGAGAGCGACAUCAUUCAUUCAGAUGUGGAAAUUCUACCACUGUGGACUGGUCAACAGUUACUCCAUCUGUGAAAAACAUUUGCUAAAGCAAAUCAAUGAUACGAACAAAACGUAACGGACCAGCUUAACCUGCUUA